UUGCAAUAUCCAUUAGUAUCAAUAAAAUUGUUAUCUGACACAUUCCGGCAUGAUCUCCAUCUCCCCCACUGCUUCCACCAUGGUCGUCCAGUCAGUUCUACACUUUGCAUCUUCCUUCCCUUCUCUCGGUCUAAACCGUCCAUACAAAAGGCCGUCCUUGUCCACCUCGUGUUGCUCCUCUUUGUCCAAUAAGGCUGGGACUGGUGCUACUGAUUUCAAACCCAUCGUGGAAAGGUGGCCGGAGUAUAUACCGAACAAGCUCCCCGACAAGAACUAUGUGCGUGUAUUGGAUACGACGCUCCGUGACGGGGAACAAUCCCCUGGUGCAGCACUUACUCCACCGCAGAAGCUAGAGAUUGCCCGGCAGCUUGCCAAACUCCGAGUAGACAUCAUGGAAGUUGGUUUCCCUGCGUCAUCAGAGGAAGAGUUCGAAACCAUCAAGACCAUUGCCAAGACUGUAGGGAAUGAGGUGGAUGAAGAAACAGGUUAUGUUCCAGUUAUAUGCGGCCUCGCACGAUGCAACCAUAGAGACAUCGAGGCGGUUUGGGAAGCAGUGAAGUACGCCAAGAGGCAGACAAUAAUCAUAUUCAUAUCUACUAGUGACAUUCACAUGAAAUUUAAGUUGAAAAAGACUAAAGAAGAAGUCAUUCAGAUGGCAGUGAGUAGUGUUAGCUAUGCGAAGAGCUUAGGCUUCAACGACAUCAUAUUUGGUUGCGAAGAUGCCUGCAGGUCGGAGAAAGAGUUUCUGUGCAAGAUUUUAGGAGAAGCGAUUAAAGUGGGUGCAACCACUGUCAACAUCGGGGACACGGUAGGGAUCAACAUGCCGCAAGAAACUUGGGAACUUGUGAGCUACCUCAAAGCCAACACUCCAGGAAUCGAUGAUGUUGUCUUAAGCGUUCAUUGUCACAACGACCUUGGUGUUGCUACCGCUAAUGCAAUCGCCGGUAUAUGUGCGGGAGCAAGACAAGUUGACGUAACGGUCAACGGAAUAGGUGAGAGAAGUGGGAAUGCAGCACUAGAAGAGGUCGUAAUGGCUUUGAAAUGUCGAGGGUCAUACGUGAUGGAUGGUGUUUACACAAGAAUAGACACACGCCAAAUUAUGGCUACUAGCAACAUGGUUCAAGAAUAUACUGGGCUGCGUGUUCAAGCGCAUAAGCCUAUAGUUGGAGCGAACUGUUUUGUUCACGAGAGCGACCUUCAUCAGGAUGUAAUCUUGAAAAGUCGGAGAACAUAUGAGAUCUUAUCUCCAGAAGAUGUUGGGGUUGUAAAAACUGAAAAUUCUGGCAUUGCUCGUGGCAAGCUUAGUGGACGUCAUGCUGUGAAAGAUUUGGGAUUUGAAAUUGGUGGUUAUAAUUUGAACGAAGUUUUCUCACGGUGCAAAGAUUUAUCCAAGCAGAAAAAAAUCACGGAUGCUGAUCUGAAGGCAUUGGUAACGUGCGGUGAAUCUGGUGAUGAAAUCUCUUCCGACAAAUUAAACGGCUCUAACGGUAAAAUAAACCUUUGGGGAUAUCUACCAGUCCUAAAGGUUUCCUCUAUGGUAUAAAUGUAUGAACACAACGAAAUAAAAUAAAUAAAUAAUAAAUGUAUGAUCAUUUUUAUAAGUUUGCAUGUAAUAUCAAAGUUCCAUUUGGUGAUAUUCUGUUGUUGUAAUGAAUAAAAACAAUAAUAAGAUGAACAUUUUUUGUUGAA